AGUGCAGGAACCUAUGUGUGUGUGUGUAAAAGUGUGUGAGGUGGACCAGAGGGGGAUGAAGGGGUGGAGGGGAGAGGAGGAGUGUGUCCACCCCUUUGUGCAUCACAGACUGGAGGACGGGGGCUCCUCCUCCUCCUGGUUUAAUUUUUUGCUCCGUCUCUGCCUCUCCCAUCCGGACCGACGAGGAAGCGCGGAGAGGUGUGCGCGGCUCGACCGAACGCAGACGAGAUGAAAGGGUGCCAGGUGAGGAGGAGACACAGGACUCUCCUCUUCACCCUCCCACCCCACCUCCCUCCCUCCCUCUGUGACGUGGUGUGUGUGUGUGUGUGUGUGUGUGUGUGUGUCAGUGUUUGCUGUGUGUGAGUGCGUGUGCGAGCGAAACAGGUUGGCGGUCCCUCAGCAGACUGUGAGGCUCCCCGGGACGAAGCAGCCCUCUCCAGACUGAGAUCUUUUCAUCUGAAGAACAAAUCGGAAAGAGGAGAUAAUCAACAACUGGGAGAAAGCUCGUGUGGACAUCAGCAGAACCCCACCUUACAGUCUGCAGGGGUCAGGGUCUCUACACCUUUUACUAUGAGAGAUACCACCGGCUGAGCUUCUCAURGACACCCUACGACAGGGGAGGAUGGGUGAUGGACCCGUGAAGUUCAGCGAACUCUCUCCUCGGUGUCCCAUCCUCUCAUGGAGCGUCCUGUCACCUGGCACAACACGUCUCUCUCAGCGUCUGCAGCCUUACAGCGUCCGAAUAUCUCUAACGUAAGCGUGUCUGUCAGAAACGCUCAGCKUGAGGUGGAUCUGAACCAGACUUUGGGGCUGUGUGUUAUGCUCAUCAUGGACGUUCUGGCGGUGGUAGGAAACCUGGCUGUGAUGGUUGUCAUCACGAAAACACCCCAGCUGCGUAAGUUCGCCUUCGUGUUCCACCUGUGUCUGGUGGACCUGCUGGCGGCGCUGCUGGUGAUGCCUCUGGGGAUGCUGUCGGACCGGGUCCUGGCCAACGAGACGCUGUGUCGGAGCUACCUCUGCCUGAGUGUUGGUCUGGUGAGCGCCACCAUCCUCACCAUCUGUGCCAUUAACGUGGAGCGCUACUACUACAUCGUCUAUCCCAUGAGGCAUGAGGUGAAGAUGACAGUGGGGGUGGUGGUCUUGGUACUGGUGGGAAUCUGGAUUAAAGCUGUUUUUAUGUCGGUACUGCCUCUGCUGGGUUGGCUGCUACAGGGGACCCCGAAUCUGGGUACUCCUGAAGUUCUGGUUCCUGAUCAGAGACACUGCUCCCUUCACUGGACAGGAGGCAGGACGACACGCCUGCUUUUUAUGGUCUUCUUUUCAAUAAUCUAUUUCCUGUGCCCUGUGCUGAUCAUUCUGGUGGUCUACUGCAGCAUGUUUAAGGUGGCCCGGGUAGCUGCCAUGCGGGARGGCCCAAACCCCACCUGGAUGGACACGCCGCGGCAACGCUCCGACUCUGUCAGCAGCCACUCCACCAUGGCAGCCAGCCUUGGGGGCACCGGCGCACGCUCGACCCCUCAAAGGAUUUUCUCUGGGGGGAAGGCCGCAGUGGUUCUGGUAGCAGUGGGCGGUCAGUUCUUCUGCUGUUGGCUGCCWUACUUCUCAUUCCAUCUCUACUCGGCUGUAGUGUCCUCCUCUCCGGCCUCACUGGCCCAGCUGGAGAACGUGGUCACAUGGAUCGGCUAUUUCUGCUUCACCUCCAACCCGUUCUUCUACGGCUGCCUGAACCGGCAAAUUCGAGAGGAGCUGGCCCGACACCUGGCUUGCCUUUUCAAGCGGGCUCGGCCCAGCGAAGGGGAGCAGCUGCCCAGCCGCGAGGCCUCCAUCGAGGAGAACUUUUUACAGUUCCUUCAGGGCACUGGAUGCAAUCUGGAGCCCUGCAACUCUCACAACAGAGCCAGCCCAGAGGAGCCAGAAACCGAGGGCCUUCAGGAAUCAGCUGUUGAGCAGAACUCAACAGCUGAUUUCCACAUCCCUGGGCAAAUCCUUGAGGAAACCGCAGAGUUCAUGCAGCAGCAACAUCUGAACAAUGAGCUUUGUGUAUCAGAGAACUGCUGCAAAACUGUACCAGAGAUGUAGCUGCCUCGAGUACCGUUUCUUUAGCCAUCUGAUGAUCCAAUAAAUGUUUAGUUUUAUUCACAUUUUUGAGUAUUCCUUGUUUAUGCUGCAACGUUAUUUUAAGAUAAAAAGAAAACUGUAAAAUAUAGUAUCUUCUUUGAAGAAUUAAAAGUAUAUAAACCAUUUUUUAAAGAGACAGAUAUGCGUGUCUUUUCAAUGCAGCAUUGUGUYUUUUGGAAGCCAUAUGUCGUCAGGCUGUUGGGCUCUGUCACAAAACAUUUCAUGUGUUGGUUACAGUUCAGCUGAAGUGACAAACUUUAUACAGACAWGAAGAGGCUCGGAAACUUUCCGAGGGCAAAUUUCAGGGAAAGCACAGUUUUCCACUCAGACUGAAAUCCUUAAUGCUGAAAAUUAAGCCCUGAUCAAGUUCAACAUCCAAAAUAGUUUCAUGUCAUUUACAUGAUCUCAAUCUUUAUUGGAUCAAUGCACAAUGUAGUUUAUUUUUCUGUUAAAUGUUACUAUCUGCUGUCAUUUUCUUUAAUGACUAAUCUGUUUUCAGUGUUUUACUCCUAAAACCACCAAGAAAUUAAUUAAAUACAUUCACCACUGGGAAAAGGGCACCACUCGGAAGCUUUCACAUGUAAAACAAAAAAAAAAAAAAACCCUAAUAAUAUAAUAAUAAAAAUAAAAUAAAAAGUGCUUCACAAUUUGAAAGAUUUAUUGCGUUGAACAAGAUCGUUUCACAGCUGCUGGUGCUGGUAUUUAUAAUAAACAGGCUGACAGUGUAUUUUUAACCAUUUUCCAGAAUGUUAUUAUCCUGUUAAUCUGRUCUUAGUCUUAUGAUUAUCACCUCCUCACCAAAAUGGGAGACUCGUGAUUUCAGCUCCUUCCACUCAAAGACGAACAUUGUCACWGUUUUAUUUUGUUUAACAGGGUUGAGAGACUUCAAAACCAGUGGCUGCAGAAUACUUUAACUAUUGGAAUUAAAAAGAAAACAAACUGGGCAUGAUCAAAUUUUGGACGAGCAGUGUCCAUUUACCCUGUGAUGUCUGGACCGUUUACACGUAAACACAGCAGCAGUGUGAGAGCUCUUGUGUUUGUGCAAUAAACAACCAGGCUUGUUGUGGCUACACACAGCGCACAMGUGUGACAGCGCUUAAAGCGCUCCCUCUGGCCUCUUUUAGCAACAAAUGGACGACUCUGGAGACACCUUUCUCCAAUCUCAGGUGGAACACAAACAGUUUUGCACAGAAGUCACAUGAGCAGUGGCCGACGUUCCAAAAACCACAACGGCACAAAUCUCGAACUAAAGACUCCAUUCUUUGGCUUUCCUUUUUUAAAAUCCUUGCCCUGUCUUGCUGUCUUCAUCAGUGUUGAACUGCCUCAUAAGGGACGGUUGGCAUGAUCACAAGACUCUCAACACAAGUCGUACAGGGAGGGUUGAGAGUUUGCUGGGAGUCAGAACAAAAAAAGGUCCUUUGUAAGGAGAGCACAUAACACUGAAUUUCCCUCCUGUAUGACCUUGUUGUAGAUUGUUUUUCCCCCCUUUCAGACAGUGAUGUUGUGCCAUCUUGUUUUAAAAUGUUCAUUUUGAGCAAUGAGCUACAGCGAGCACUGAGCCAGGUGAAAUCCCUGCUAAAGUCUUCAGUAUUCCACAGCAUGUCUAUGUGUUGCUUUAAUUUAUUAUUAUUGAUGUAAACUGCCUUGAUUUGUUACACCAGAGCGUUUGAAUCAAAGUUUCAUCUCCUUCGACAGCAGCGAAACUGCCCCGACUCAGCUCAUAAAAGUGUCUGUCACCCUCUGUCUAUUACAGACUGAGGAAUAAUCUGGUCUGAACGUGGAUGAUGUCUCCAACUUUCAGGAAUACUCUUGUGUAUUUUUAAACUAUAGUUUUUUUCCCACACAAUUUCCCUUUCUGUAUCUCGUUUUGUACAUAAGCUGAAAAGACUGUUAAUAUUCCUUUUUGUUUUCCCAAGUUUCUCCAUCAACAGAAAUAAUAAAAACAGUUUAAACUAU